GUAACAAGUGACGACCACCCUUUUCUCCUCAGCUUUCUGUUUUCAAGGUAGAUAGACUGGCACUGUGUACAUCAAUCGGUGCGGUGAUAUCACUGAGAGGUCACAGUUUUACAGGUCUCUGCAAGGUGUAUAGUGAACACAGCUGGUGGACAUUGAACCGAGGUAUGUGUUGGUGCUUUUGUUGGCGGGGUUUGUGCAUGCUGUAAAUGUGUAGCUAGCGCGAGCUAACCCGAAGACGUUUCUCCUUUCUUUUUCAACGUGGUGACGUGCGCUAGCCAUAUACAGUAGCUAGCUAACAGAAAAGUCACCAUGUUCGUUCACAAUAAUAGUAAUUUAGACCAAGACCGUGUCUGUCAGACUCCCAUUCUACUACUUAAAUAUUUGACAAGCAAACUGAGAAAAGUAGCUAGUUAGCUAAACGUGAGCAUGCUAACUUUAGCGAGUUAGCUAAUGUCAACUGCACUCACUAAAUGUCAAAUCGCUGAAUCAAUGACUUGUCAAUAGCGAGAUGCUUAUAAGUGCAGGUUGAUUUGUAGCCAUCUAUAUUCAAGUAAUAUUAACAAUUCAAGCUUGGUACAUUUCUGUCUUGGUCUUCCUUUCUCCUUUACUUGUCGUGAGUGUCAGCCAGUGAGUGACGCUGCCAAUAGCAAUGUCAGAAAGAAGCCCAUCUGUCAUCUUCUGCAACAGUCACGUACCUUAUUGCAAUAAUGCUUUGGUUCACUUUGUUGACUACAAUAGCUAUUUAUUUUCCCACGUUGUCUUACUGCCAUAUGUUGACAUGGGUAAAGGGAAGGAAGGUGUUACAAUGUAUUUGAUGGUCAGCUUUGUUUUCCAGUUGGCUUAGAUAUUAAUUUACAAAUGAUGUACUAUGGCGCAAUGACGUCUACACAAGUGGGAAUUGUAUAGUCAUAUCAAUUCAGACAUCUGUUUACUAUUAUGCGAAAACAACUGCAAAUUGUUUUGGAUGUGUUUAGGUUUACAACUUCAUUUGCAUAACAAAAUAUAGGAUACAUGCAACUCAUUCACUAUCCUCUCAUUGCACAUACCCUAAACAUGUUCCUUGAUAUGUUGCAGGCAGCUAGAAACCAUAUUCAUUUGAGGUAGCAGUAAUCAUGUUUUGAUCCACACAGCAAUGAGCUUACUUUGGUAACCUUCAGCUUGAAAGAACUGUUUAUCAUCUGAUUACCUAGGAAACCAAACAUCAUGAUAACUCCAAUGGCUGAAAGCUAGGCUAUUCAUGCCUCAGUUUGUUUAUUGUUGUACUGCCAGGCUCUGAUAUAGCUUUGGUCAGAUGAUUCAUUGCCUAGAUAUGCAUGUAAAAGACAGCCAGAAGGCCUAUUUGCAAACUGAGUGCUGGACUGCUCGUCAUUCAGGUUAAGUUUGGGCCUAAAAUGCUGAAAGAAGGUUCAGGAUGGCCACGUAAUUCACUUCAAUAAUGCUGAUGCAGUUUGGAGCAAGCUCCAUAGUCAGAGAAUUUGGUUAAUGCCUGACUUUCUGUAUAUAACAACAACACUACACCGUUACCUUCAUACAAUGACCAGUUGGUUUAAAUAGAAACAGCCCUGAUGAUAGCCUCCUUGUCCUAUAUUAUGAUUUGAGGAGGAUACUAGAGGUGGAGAGGGCCCCUCCAAUCAGGAGGUGUGUUUUGGCUGCGGAGCUAGGCUAAGUAGAGGUAGAGAGUUAUAAAUGGAUCAGAGAGGUGGAGGGCUUACCGUGCUAUCAGGGCUUAGUCCUAGCUGGGAAGGAGGAGUUAUCUUUUAUCAUUUGCCUUUUGAAUUCUGCUGGAGUCACUAGGCUCUAUGAGCUGGUUGAAUUCAUCCACAUGGCCUAUUUUGUCUUUUCUAAUGCUACAGGGCAAAUUCUAUUUUUAAAAAAUCACGUGAGAAAGUCUUUGUCAAAUGUGCAGAGAAUAAUCACAUCUAACGAACACUUGUUUCUGUUGUCCGGUGGUCUCAUAGUAAACUCAAGGAUGUCUCGAGAUCUGUCCCUGGACAUUAACAUCAAGGAGCCGCGAUGGGACCAGAGCACAUUCAUGGGCCGCGCCCAGCACUUCUUUUUCGUCACCGACCCCAGGAACAUCCUCAAGUCCUCUAAGACCCUGGAGGACGCACGGGUCACUGUGGAGAACUACAGGUACAGGGGAGGGAGAGGAGAGGAGGUGUAAUGGGGGAAGAGAGACAGGACACAUAAGGGAGGAGGGUGGUUGAUCCCGGGAACAUUCUAAAGUCCUCUGAGAUGCUGGAGGACACACCGGUCUCUGGAGAGAACUACAGGUAUGGAAAGGUGGUGGAGUGAGAGAUUCAUGUGAUGGGGGAUGAGAGGAGAGGUAUGUAGGGGUGGUAUGGUGUGGGUUAUAUUAGAGGGGUGGUGUACUGUGGCCUAAAAUAUGAAGGGUAAGAUGGAAGUUACCCUGGCCCCUGGGGAGGAAUUCCUUUUCAUUCAUGUAUGAGCAUGGACUCAAUCGACAGCAGUGUCUCUAGUCUAAACUGAGGAGUUUAAGGAGCUAGCUAGUUGUCGCCAACCUGAUAUCUCUCUUCUCCCCCCAUGGUGUAAUAGGAGAAAGAAACAGACAGACCACUAAUUAGGCUUGUAGGCUGCAACAUCUGUCAUACCGGUUUCUCUCUUACAUCAGAGAUGAACUAAAAACACGAAAAUAAGACUAAGCUGUGUCUUUGUUAUAAAGAAAUGCGGAAAUGGGCAUAUUCCAUCAAAACAAUGUACUUAUAGUAUGCUUUACGGGCCGCAGUGGAGAGGGUGAAAAGCUUUAAGUUCCUCAGAGUGCACAUUACUGACAACCUGAAAUGGUCCAGCCACGCAACGCCUCUUCAACCUCAGGAGGCUGAAGAAAUUUGGCUUGGCCCCUAAGACCCUCACAGACUUCUACAGAUGCACCAUUGAGAGCAUCCAGUCGGGCUGUAUCACCGCCUGAUAUGGCAAUUGCACCGUCCGCAACCGCAGGGCUCUCCAGAGGGUGGUGCGGUUAGCCCAACGCAUCAGCGGGGGCACACUGCCUGCCCUCCAGAAUGUCUACAGCAUCCGGUGUCACAGGCCAGGAAGAUCAUCAACGACCUCAGCCACCUGAGCCAUGGCCUGUUCACCCCGCUGCCAUCUAGAAGGCGGAGACAGUACAGGUGCAUCAAAGCUGGGAACGAGAGACUGAAAUGGCAAGAAUCAGACAAGCUAACAGGCAGGCCACAAACGGGUAAAUAAGGAUGCACAACGGCAUCUCGGAGUGCACAUCUCGUCGGUCCUUGUCACGGAUGGGCUAUUGCAGCAAACGACCACACCACUCCUAUCAGCUAAAAACGAGAAGCGGCUCAAGUGGGCACAUGAUCACCAACACUGGACAGUUGAGGAGUGGAAAAACAUCGCCUGGUCCGACGAGUCCCGGUUCCUGUUGAGGAUUUGCCAUAAGCAGCAUGAGUCCACGGCCCCAUCCUGCCUGGUGUCAACAAUACAGGCUGGUGGUGUAAUGGUGUGGGGAAUGUUUUCCUGGCACACGUUAGGACCUUUGAUACAAAUUGAGCAAUGUUUCUAUGCCCCGAAGAAUUCCAGAUGUUCUGGAGGCAAAGGGGGUUCUGACCCGGGACUAGAUGGGUGUACCUAAUAUAUUCCGGACUCUCCGGACUCUGACAUUGCUCGUUCUGAUAUUUCGUUUUGGGAUUUAUGUGUAUUGUUAGGUAUUACUGCACUGUUGGAGCUAGAAACAUAAGCAUUUUGCUGCACCUGAGAUAACGUAUGCAAAAUAUGUGUACAUGACCAAUAUAAUUUGAUUUGUUAAAACAUUGUAGGUAGGGUAAGCUUUAGCCUAUAUUUAUUUUAGCACGUUUCUGUGAAUCAAAGAUCGCAAUUAGUUGCCCUGAUGCUAAGAAUGUAUAUGUUUCAUUCAUGCAUUCAUUGUUUAGAGGAUGUGCUUGUGUCCAGGUUAGGAGUGGUGAAGCCAGGUCUGACAGAAGAUGAGCUGUGGAGAGCCAAGUACGUCUAUGACUCUGCCUUCCACCCUGACACCGGAGAGAAGAUGGUGGUAGUGGGGCGUAUGUCAGCGCAAGUCCCCAUGAACAUGACCAUCACCGGCUGUAUGCUCACCUUCUACAGGUACCACUGGGUUGGAUGACGUUUUCAAUUCAAUACAUGUUAAACACAAUUUGUGUAUAGUGUAAAGUGCAUACAUAAAAACAGACACAGAGCAGCAUACUACAAGAGGAAUAAAAACAUUUGAUGAGGUGAAAUGUUAAGAAUGUUGUAGAUCGAAAUGUAGAGGCACAUAUCAGAGAGAUGCGGCAGGGAUAUUUCAACAUUCUUCAUGAGGAUUAAAUCUCCACCCACACUGUGCUGUGAAUGCUGUCGAUGGUGCAUGCUGUGAUGUAAUGCUGGCGCUUUCUGGCUUAACUUGAUCAAAUGCACCAUAUGGGGAGCUCAUCCUCUUCUCUCUUGCUCUAUAGUACGCUAUGCCAGGAAUUUUUCUAGGACAAAAAAGUGCAUAGAAUCGCGUAAAAUAAAUGUAGCAUGUUAGAAUUGUCAUUUUACUCACUUAAUGGCGUAAACAACCUAUGCAGUUAACUUUCCCGAACAGUGUGGUCUCAGCUGAAGACUGGGCUCCAUGGUAGUGUUCUGUGUGUUAGGGCGGCAGGUAGCCUAGUGGUUAAGAGCUUUGGGCCAGUAAUCGAAAGAUUGCUGGUUCGAAUCUCAAUGCCGACUAGGUGAAAAAUCUGUUGAUGGGCCCUUGAGCAAGGCACUUAACCCUAAUUGCUCUGGAUAAGAGCAUCUGCUAAAAUGUAAAACAUUUUUAUUUUUUUAUCUUGAGGACAUGGGAAAGGAAAAUUCCUAAGCCUUUUAAUGAGGGUCAGGACACAGCUAUUGGCCUUGCAGCGGGUGGAUGCCUUGGAUUGUUAUCAUGUUCUCAGUCUGCAUACCUUCCACUGGGCCUCUACAUCCCUGCUCAGAGGGCAAGACCGGAGUAGCACACUGCAGAUAUUGUUGUGUGAAUGAAAGUGAAGUGCAUACAAUCAUAGUCACACUGUAAAUUAUGGAAACAGUGCACAGAAGUGGAAAGCGACAUUUUGAGCUGUUUACAAGUCGUGAUUUAGCUUUGUUUGAAUGAUCAAUUCAAGCAAUCUGCCUCUGAAUUAAAUAUUUGACCUCUGGCCUGCUAGCUCCCCUACCUCUACGGAAGCACAGUUCCCGCUCAGCCCAGUCAAAGCUAUUCCGGAAACACUUGAAACCCUACCUCUUUAAGAAAUACCUGGAAUAGUAUAAAGUAAUCCUUCUACCCCCUCCCCCAUCACCCCAUAAAAACAAAAAAGGGGUUGUCCCACUGGCUAUCAUAAGUUGAAUGCACCAAUUUGUAAGUCGCUCUGGAUAAGAGCAUCUGCUAAAUGAUGUAAAUGAAAUGAUUCAUGCUUGUUCACACUCUCUCACUUUCCCCCUUUCCUUCUCUCACAUCUCUCCUUUCCCUCCCCUUCUCUCCCCCUUCUCCCUCUCACCCCGUCUUGACCCUCUCUCCUCCAGGACGACUCCAGCGGUGGUGUUCUGGCAGUGGGUUAACCAGUCCUUCAACGCUGUGGUCAACUACACCAACCGCAGUGGAGACGCUGCCCUCACCACCAAGUAGGGAAUGGGACCACUAACACCACAACCACAUUACUAACCCAGCCCUGCUGAACCUGUACUAGGAUGCAUCGCAUAGCCUUAACUAGCUUCCUCUCCUCAUCUGCUUUCCUUCAUCAGUACUGAUCUGAAAGGACAUGGAUAGGUGGAAGCAAAUCCCCGUAACACGUCCCAUCUGUUGCUUUCACCUGUCUUCUCUUUUCCUAUCGGUGCAGACAAAGGAAAGGAGGCAAGGAGAGAAGACUAUAGUAGACUAUUGAGAUGCACCCCUAGCUCUGUAUGGAGGCCUGCAGGGCAAAGCAGAGGCUAGCCAGUGGAACCCCAGUCCACUACACUCCUCCUCUUACAGCGGUAUUACACCCCACUCUUUAGUUCAGCAUGCUCCUCCAUUCCAACUGAAAGGCUGUAGCUGGUAGAGGAAGCAAGGUAUUUGCAUACGUCUUUCUGGUCUGGGGCCAUAUGUAUCAAGCGUUUCAGAGUAAGAGUGCUGAUCUAGGAUCAUGUCACCCCCCCUGUGCAUAUAAUCCCAUGCAUUGUGAUCUAAAAGGGAGAACGGAUCCUAGAUUAGCACUCCUACUCUGAGGCUUUUGAUACAUACAGCCGGUGGUGGAGAGACUGUACAAACCAGGGCUGUAUCUCAAAAGCUGGUAGCGUCUUCCUCUCUUACGUCUGCACCAAUCUGAAAACACAUGAUCGGUGAAGGGUUUACACUAUGUUGCUAUCAGAUUUCACCUGUCAAAUCAGUGCAGAUGAAGGGAAGAAUACAAGGACAGGAUUCCACUUUUAGACUAUUGAGAUGCACCCACUCUAACCAGGACACAUGAGGAAUGGGAGCCCACGAUGCUGGUGCUCUUCAGAAACCAUCAUGGAACUAGCAUGUAAAGACUGGGGGCCAUUCAUGAAUCUCUCUACACAAUAAUGACUUGAACUGUACAUCAUCAUGUCUUUGCCUGACUUGUCAAGUUUCGGUGUUCAAUGAAUGUUGCUUAUGACUUGACGGCCUUGACUACAUUCCGUAUGCAUUGUGACCUGAGACUUCUGUAUUUAGGAUCAUUCUGUCUGUGUAUCAGACUCGACUCUGGUAAAUGCCUGGAACGGCUCAGUAAAUUGUGAGAUGUAAAUGUCUUUGUGUGAUGUUCUGUCAGUCAGCUGGCUGCAGCGUACGUCAGUGCCACCACAGGAGCCGUAGUCACAGCCCUGGGACUCAAGUCUCUAGCCAAGGUACUGGACUGUCUCUGGAUCAUCUUAGUUCAAGUUGAUUUACACUUCGCACAUUUGCUUUGCAUUUUUUGGGCGCCGUGAAAAAUCUACAUUGAAACAAACUCUCUCCCCAGCGCCUUCCAGCCGUCAUGAGCCGGUUCGUCCCCUUCUUUGCUGUAGCGGCUGCCAACUGUAUUAACAUCCCCUUCAUGAGGCAGAGGUGAGCUAGAGUUUAGACACCACAACUCUUGAGGUCUUUCUAACUAGGGACAAAGGUUUUCCUUAGCAUUAUCGUUUUGGUCAGCUCUGAGGGGUUAGGACUGGGUUGCUGUCAAACACUUUUGUUUCAAAUUGAUUUGCAAAAGAACGUUAUACAAAUGAGAUUGAUUAAUAUUGCCAUGACAGGUUUGGUUGAAUUCCAUCCUCUCCCUCUUCUUAGGGAGCUGAAGUACGGCAUCCCAGUGACGGAUGAGAAUGGGAACCGGUUAGGAGAGUCCGUCACCGCUGCCAAGUCAGGCAUCUUCCAGGUGGUGGUGUCCAGGAUCGGCAUGGCUGUGCCAGCUAUGGGUAAGCACUGUGUUUCACACAUGAUGGGUUGAACAUUGUUUUGUUUUAUCUGGUGGGACACAGCGCAAAAAAGUUUGGGAACCACUGGGCAAGGAGUUGACAUACAGUUUCAAACCAGAUCAAUUGGUCAUGUGUAAUUUGGUCCGAAACUCACUAUCCUCACACCAGUACUUCUGGGAAAGAUGAUUAGCAAAGCCUCCUUAAAACCGUAGAUGACUAUCAGAAUCAACAAUGUGUUGUGAAAUAACAGAAAUGUUUUCUGUCUGUGUUUGUCUGUCUGUCCACAGCUAUCCCCCCUGUGAUCAUGAACGCCCUGGAGAAGAAAGCCUUUAUGAAGGUAAUGUUACAACAGCCAGAUGCCUGUCAUGCUUUCUACAGCAAAUGGGCUUACUGGAGCUGGUUCUACAGUCAGUGUGUGUAGAGGAGAAUCUGUGGCGUGUAGCCACUGUUUUACAAGGCCCACCCUAUAUUUGGAGUUCAAACCAAACUGUAUGGUUCAGCCAUGUAAAAUAUGCAACGCAAUUUGUUUGGAAAUCCAGGCUUCUGUGCCUCGUCUGUCUGUCUAUCCUGUGCUGAUCCAGUAAAUCUCUAGCCUGGUCCCAGAUCUGUUUGUGCUGUUUUGACAAUUACCAUAUGAAUAAGCAAGAUGGCACAAACAGAUCUGGGACCACGCCUGUAAAUCGCUGCAAUACUGUCAGUGUAACGUCUGUAUACUGUUAAAAAAUAUAUUUAAAAAAGAAUGAACAAUUGCUUCAGGUUGGUGUCUCUCUCACUUUGUUCUCUCCUCAGCGGUUCCCAGUCCUAAACGCCCCAGUACAGGUGGGACUGGUGGGUCUGUGGUAAGUAUCUAUCUAUAGUUAAUGUUACAGUAAACAGUUUGUUUGGUACAUGUUUCAUCCACGUUAUCUGUUAUAAGUCCUCUCGCAAUGACAUGCACUGUAAGCAAACUAACCAUAACAUUUAAAAUGGACUGGAGCUCUUAAACUGAACGUCGCGAUUGCAUACCAUGUGUAUUGCACGGUUUACUUAAACUCUGGUUGAACAAAACCUCCCGUCUCUCUUUCAGCCUGGUGUUUGCCACUCCUCUGUGCUGUGCCCUGUUCCCACAGAAGAGGUACAUUAUGGCCAUCUGUUAUAUACCUUAGAUAUAGACCGUGGAUCUGCUUUUCCUACACAACUGUCUAAUCAAUCAUUUUAUCUCUCUUUCUGUCUCCCCUUCUCUCUCUCAUCAUCUCUCUCUCCCUCUCUCUAUAUAGUUCUAUGGCUGUGAGCAGCCUGGAGCCAGAUCUACAGGAGAGGAUACGACAGAGCAGUCCCCACACUACUACAGUCUUCUUCAACAAAGGCCUGUAGGACCACCCAACCACACACACCACAGACCAGCCCCCUCUGUUGGCUGGAGCCUGCUAGCACAGCUAAGCGGGCAAAGAGAAUAUUAUAUUUAUGCUUAUUUUUGUAUUUACCUGUUUGUUUACUAUGAUGUUUGUUAUAGGCUUUAGGAUUUGAUUUGAUUAGGGAGAGAUGAUGGUGAGGGGUGCGUCUCAGUCCUACAAAGUUGCUUCCUUUCCUUGUCUGGUGUGUUUAUCCUCCCAGAGAUUGUGGCUGUUUAGUUACUGACUGCUCUACUCCAAUCACCACUAACUAGAUACGUAUUCAACCCCAG